ACAUCCUCAUUGGUGCCGAGAGCUGAAAACCACCAAGAAAAUGACGACUAAACCUCAGCUCUUCCUGGUCGCUCUGAUCCUCUGCUGCAGCUUUGCCGCUGUACAUGGGAGUCCCAGGGGACGGUGCUACUGCCUGCGGACCUCUUCUAAACGAGUCCUGGUUCAGACCAUUAAGAAGGUGGAGGUCAUUCCUAUUUCAGGACACUGUCGCCGGACUGAAAUCAUAGUCACCAGGAAGAACGACAGCAGAGUUUGCGUUGAUCCAAAUGCGUACUGGCUGGACAGUAUGUUGGAUUUUCUGAAAAAGAAAACCAUGAAUGAUGGAAACCCAAAUGAUGGAAACCCAACCGCUGUGCCGAGCACUUCUCUCUCCACUUAACUUCAGAUCACAUUUUGUUGUUAAUGUUUGACCUUAAGUCAAGUGUAUAAUUUCUUUACUUAUAAUCUUUCAUUUUCAAUCAAUUAAUUGAAUGAAUGAAUUAUGAAUUUCUUUUUUAAGAUUUAUUUUUGGAGUAUUUUACCUUUAUUUAUAAACUCUUACAUGUAUUUUUUUUUUUUAAAGAUUUUUUAAGAUUGUUUUUCUGGCUUUGACGCUUUUAUUCGACAGUAAAGAGACAGGAACUUAUGGGAUAGGCAUGCAGGCUCGGACUGCAUCCUUAGGAGUGCUGAGCAUGAAUUCUUAACCACUCGACCACCUGCACGCCCAUUUUUUGGCAAUGUUUGACUUAAUUCAAGUGUAUAAUUCGUUUAUUUAAAUAAUAACAAGGAAAACUAUGAAUGCUGGGAAUUAUGGGUGCAUGAAGUAAGGUGAAUUUAAUUACAUUUGAAUGUUAAUAUGACAUGACGUGAUGUACCUCUGUUUUCUUAUAAGCCAAUA